AUGAAUGAAGUUCCUAACACCGCAGUUCCAUUUCCUGAUUAUGGUGGUGACGGUGUCGAUUAUAGCGAUCGAUUCGUGACAAAUGAAAUAUUCGAUGGUUUUGAGAACGCAUCGAAAUGGGCAAGGGAAGUGGCUAUCGGAUUAGGAUUCAUCUUGUGUGAACAACAACGAGUAGAAGAAGAUAAUUGGGUAAUUGAGUUGCUUAAUGAUCGCGACACACAUAACCACACAUUAAUUGUGUACCCGGAGGGUCACCGCGGUGUUAGUGGUCUUAGUCAAGGUGCUAAGGAAGUUAUUCGUGAGAUGAACGAUGCACAAGCUAAGCCAAAACACAUUAUGGUGGCCAUUAAGAACAAGUAUCCAGAAGAACAUCCCAACAUGAGGCACAUUUACAACUUCAAAGAUAAGAUUCGACGAGAAGGUUCAGAAGGAAGAAAUAUGGUUGAACGGAUGUUGCAUCUGGCGAGAGAGCAAGGCUACAUAAAUUGGGUCUCAUGUAAUGACCGUUCGAAUAAAGUCAUUACUCGUCUCUUCUUAGCUCACCCUGCCAUGGUGGAGGUGUUACGCACAUAUCCACUUGUUAUUGGUUUGGAUUCGACGUACAAGACAAACAAAUAUGGGUUUCCUUUUUUGGAGAUUGUUGGUGUGACACCGACAAAUCAGAAUUUCUUGAUUGCCUACGCAUUUAUGAAAGACGAGACUUCAACGAGCUACCGUUGGGUGUUAGAGAAGUUGAAGCUGCUCCUCGGGGAGGGUGUCACUCCCACGGCUAUUCUAACGGAUAAAGAGGGUGGUCUUAUGAGACCGGUCGCCGAGGUUAAUUAA